AUUAAUACAGUAUAUUCUUAUAUUUGGGGCAAAAGUCUACGAAAUUGUCUAAAAUACAUUGUGUGACAUUACAUAACAUAACAUAAGAUUAUCACUUAAUUGUCAACAAAUGUCUAAAUGUGUCAAAAAGUUUAAGUGUCCGCUAAAGACACCACAGAAAAGACCGGCCAAAGAGGAUAAGUCAGAAACUAGUGAUGAAGUGCCCAUCAGUGACCAACUCAUCUCAUCAAAGACUGUGAAGACCAAAGACAAUAAAGCAUUUGUCUUUAUGGCUGCAAAUGGCAAAGAAAUGUCAAUUUCUGUCAAAACUAUCAAAUCAGUGGCCAAUGUGUUGAAUCAAAAUUUAGAGGACAAGACUCGGGUCAUGUUGUCAGACAUGACUGCAGACAGCGUUCAGUUAGUGCCUCAACAUUGCGGAGAUAAACAACAAUCAGAUACCGAUAAUUGCGACCAAAGACUAGAUGUUAAUGAAUCGACUGAUGAGCCAAACGAUUGGACAGACGAUAAUGAAUUUGAAGAGUUUGUCGACAAACAGAUAUUACAAACAAAGAAGCGUUCGUUUGAACCAAUGAUUUGUCUUCAAAACGAUAAACGAUUCAAAAGAAAUGAGUCGUAAAUCAAUUGAUAAUUAAUAUGUUUUCAAUUUAUUGUUAAUAUAAAUAUUUUUCAUUUAUUUAUCGCAUAAA